AUGUGUUUUUUGUUGUUCAUUUAUUUUUAUUUUUCUUUUUUUUUUCAUACGUGUAUGCAUACAUGCAUUUCUUCCUUGCAUCCACUUCACCCCCUAACCCCCAUCCCACCUCUCCCUUCUUGCAAGGUGCAUUUCAACGGAACGCGGCGAAUGAACUGUGCGGGUGGUGACUGGAGGGCGACCCUCAAGGAGAAAAUCCGCUCCUCGGAGGAAGCGCUGCACCGUCUUAAUGAGCGUCAGGCGAAUCACGAAAAUGCACGGAAGUUUUUAUCAUCAGCCUUCGACACCCCUCACGUGUCGUCGCUAGACGUCCCACCACGUUUUAUCUCAUCACAGGCUGAGCUGGAGGACAAGGUAAACUGCCUGCAGUCCCAGGUGAAGAACUGUCUAACGGAGCUUGAGACCGAGCAAGCCGUCCGCUCGGACGGAAUCCGCGAUGUGCAGCGGCACCUCUCCAUUGAGAUGGGGGAGAUGCGGGCCAUGUUUCAGCAGCUCAAGAGGGAAAAUGAGUACCUGACAGAAACCGUCAGACUGCUGGAGAAAAGACUGUUAUCCACCUCCACAUUUACACCGACUGGGCGUACACAGGCGGGUGUUGAUGUCCACACUCCCACCACGUCAACCCCUGCGGUCGCUGCCUCCACUUCCUCCGAUCUUGUCAAGCGCGUGGAGGAGCUGGAAUCCGCCGUGACACGACAAAAGCGAUUGCUGGAGGAUCGGCAAACACGACUGGAUGGCGUUCUUCGUGAGAUGGUGGGGGUGAAAAUUGAUUCUGGAAUGGAGCGCAUGCGCUCUGUUGCUCGGGAAGCCGCCAGGGAUUCAAUGGAAGAUCUUCUGCGACUACGCCUUACAGCCGUGCAGAGUAUGUUUAAUGGUGAGCUGCAGAAAGUGAUGGAGUCCAGCGGUUUUACCGCAGAAGUUGCGCAAGCCACGGAGCGAUUGUUUCACCAAAUGGAAAAGGAUGUCCUCCGGCGUGUGGAUCAGCUUGACUCCGCGGUCGAUGCCAUCUCGCACGGAAGCCGGCAGCACGAGAGGGUCCUUAACGACAUGGAAAGUCGCAUUGUGCAGAAGGUGACAAUGUUAGAGCGGGAGUUGGAGGCAUCACGUCGUGAGAUGCGAGAUGGCAUCGCAAAGAACGCACAGGCUGGUGAGGAGCGUAUGACUGCCGCCCAACUUGCGUUAGAGUCCACAGUGGCGGAACGCAUCGCCGUGGCAUGCAAGAGCACAGCGAGCAAAGAUGACGUUUUUGCGGCCGUGACGGCUUCGCAGGAGCGACUUGAGCAGCAGUGCAGCGCCAUUUGUGAUCGACUCACAGCAACGGUGCGUGCGCAUGAUGCCGCUGCCGAGAAGUAUCGCAAGGGAGUAGCGCAGUUGGAGAAGCGACUGGAUGGUCUCCAAGAUGUCACGGAGGAGAUGCGGCACCAGAUCGUUCAUGUCGACCAACUCGCGACAAGCGCAAAGGGAGACGUGGAGAAGUGGGGGGACCGUCUCCGCGAGGCCCUCACAGCGAGCGAGGAGGCGCGUGCACUUGCGAAGGAGUCCGCCGCAUGCGCGCAGAAGGCGGAGGAUGAAACGCGUGAAGGGCUUGCCCGCAUCGGCGUGGAGCUGCAGAAGCUUUCACAUGAGCAUGAAAAGAGCACCGUGCAGAUACGUCAGCUCAACGAGAAGUUAGCUGCGGCUGAGGCACACCACGCCGCCACGCGUGUGACGCUGGACGAACUAAGCAGUAGGUGCACGAGUACAUUGCCACCGCUGAGUGCACGGGUAGACGCGGUGCAUCGAACCGUGCAGGACGUGUGUGUGGUGAAACUAGAAGAAAAUUCUCAGGCGGUAACGGAGCUGCGAACGCUUCACGAGCAGCUUCAAGCCAACGCCUCCUCCAUGGCGAAGACGGAUGCUCGGCAGAUCUCAGACCUCCGGCGUGAGUUUUUUGUCGGAAUGCAGAGCGUGGAAGAGCGCGUUCUUCAGGCUGUGCGUGACACCCAGCAGGAGAGCAGCACGGGAAUUACGGGACUAAGAGCACUCAUCGAUAGGCUUAAUGCAUCCGUAAAGACACACGAUGAACGCUUUGCCUCCAAAAAUGCGCUGGACGUAAUUUCGGAGGGGCUGACUGAAAGGGUAGUGGAACUGGGGGGCAGAUUGGACACGGUGGCGCGUCAGGUAGCUCAGGAUGCAAAGAGAUUGUCAUCACCAUCUUCGCCGUCCGAGCCUUUGGUAUCCGUCUUGACGCAUGAAAAACUGGAACGGGAAUUGGAGAACUUGCGGCGUCGCGUGGAUGAUGUUCAGAGAAACGCUGUCAAUGAAAGGGAGGAUGUGGAGCACCACAUGCGUGCGAGCAUGCAGGAGGAGGUGGACCGCUUCAAACAGCUCUUACAUCGUUUGCGUGAAGAUACCUCGUCACAGAUGCAAAAGUUGCGUCUGAUGCUUAGCGAGGAGGCAGAAAACCGCUCUCAACAAGUGGAGGAAGCGUCACAGAGAGAAAUGCAACGCCUGCAGUUGCAGAUGGACCGCCUACGUGAGGUACUCGGGCCGAGGCGUCUUGUGUCUGCCAUCCUAGACGAAAAAGAGCUUCUAAGUGAGGUGGCAGAGGCGUUGCAGGGUGCCUUUGCUUCACGCAAGGACACGGAUGACUCCAUAGCUCGUGUCAAACAGAGGGUUCAGCAAGCAGAGCAGCAUCUCCAUGAGUUGGAAGCCCGUUGCGACACACACGGAAAUGCGUUCACCCGGCAGAUGGAGACUUAUGAGUCAUCGCAGCGCCUUCACGCCGAGCGGUUGGCGUCUUUGGAGUUGCAGCAGGAGAAGGUGGUGGAGACGAGUAAGCGGUGGCAGGAAGAAAGUCGUAAGGACCACAAGAGGGAAAUGGAGCAGCUUACGGUGCAAUUUGAUGAGCGCCUGAAGGCACUGCAGAGCGCUACUGUGGAAGUGGAGCUGCAGACACACUCCAUGCUGUCUACUCUGCAAAACUUGCAAGAGGAUCAAAUGGUGCUGCAGCGUGAAGUUGCCAAGACAGUCGCUGCCCAGCAGUUCGCAGAAAAUCAUAUUGGCACGAAAAACGACGACAAGAAUGAUGACCCUGAGAAUAAUAUGAAUGAACAUGAGGUGUGGAAGGCACAGCUGAACGAACGCAUAGAUUUGUUGGAGAGCAAGACGGAUGCUACCGCGUGCUCCACCGCCGAUGCAUUCGACACGCUUCGUGAGAGCAUAGAGCAUUGCGUGACACUUUUUGUGCAGGAGGCAGCAUCGACGUCGCUCCUCCAAGACUCCGAUGUUUCUGCUAAUGAACUGACCGGAUUGGACAGCGUACUGCUUUUUCUACUGGGGCAACUCUGCCAGGCGCAUGAUGCGCUGCAGGCACUUCAAAAAGGAGCACUUGGAACACUGGAGUUGGUGCAGCAUCACGAGGAUCAACUUGCAUUGCUGCCGUCCAUGCGUUCUCUUGCGUUACUUAGUGCUCGACAGGUGGAGAAGCUCUCGGAAGUGAUUGGCCUUCAAUUUGACCUCCACGUGGAUUCAUCCCUUGUGGGGCAGAAGGAAAGAGAGUUGGGUAAAGAUGAAUGA